AAUACCCGAAGAAGAACGCAUAACCAUAUAAAGCCCCUCUAACGAUCCUGCAAUGGUUCUGGACACGCCUUCUCUUUUACCUUCUCUUAUCGCUCUGCAAAACCAGAAGAAGAGAAUACUGUUACAGAGGGAUAACCCUCCUUUUCCUUUCUUAUCCCUCUCCAGUAUCCUUUUUAUCCCUGAAAGGAGCCUCCUUUUCCUUUCCGAUCACGUCUUCUUUUCUUCUGGAUUCUCUUCCCUUUCUAUAAAUUUCUAAUCCGCGAUUUUCACCGAAUUCAUCCGCCAUGAUUUUUUCAAAGCUUCUGAUAUUUUUUUCUCUGUUUUCGAUUGCAUUUUCUCACGAAACCUUCAAUUCCCACCUCCUGCCCAGGCCUCUCAUUAUCGAAUAUCCCGAAACAUUCAGGGAAUUCAACAACGAGGUCCAAUUACAUUGUACUAGCUGGAGGUUUGCGACUGAGACUAACAAUUUGAAUCCGUGGAAGAAUGUUCCCAGCGAGUGUGCGGAAUAUGUCAAGGAUUACAUGAUGGGGAGAGGGUAUAGUGCAGAUCUCGAGAGGGUCUCCAAUGAGUCCGCGUUCUACGCCAAAAGCGUGGAACUCGGCGGUGAUGGGAAGGAUGCGUGGGUGUUUGACAUCGAUGAGACAUUGUUAUCCAAUCUUCCCUAUUACCAAGAGCAUGGUUAUGGAUUGGAGAUAUUUGAUCCAUUGCAGUUUGAUAAAUGGGUAGAGAAGGGUGAAGCAUUUGCUAUAAAGCCCAGUUUGACACUCUAUGAAGAGGUUUUGGGUUUGGGCUUAAAAGUCAUCUUCCUGACUGGCCGCAGCGAGAAGCAUAGGAGUGUUACAGAGGAAAACUUGAUCAAUGCAGGUUUUCUGAAGUGGGAUAAGCUCAUAUUAAGAGGCUCUGAUGAUAAGGAGAAACAUGCAACAGUUUACAAAUCAGAGAAGAGGAGUGACAUGGUAAAAGAGGGAUAUAGGAUUGUUGGCAACUCUGGAGACCAGUGGAGCGAUUUAUUGGGUUCGGCUAUGUCUGCCCGCUCAUUCAAGCUUCCUAAUCCUAUGUACUAUAUACCCUAGCGCGGUAUAACUUCUCCAACUCUUUUAUUGAAUCCCUACUUGCAUGUAUAUUCUACAGGGAUCUUAAUCUUGUCAAAUGUAAAUGCCUUCAUCUUCUCAAACAUUGUUGAACCCUAUUGUCUAUUCAUCAACAAUGAUCCAAAGACAUUGAUGAUAAUGAUGAUGAUGUAUCAAAAACUUAAAUCCUAAAUAUUCGAGGAAUGCUUUAACAUGAAGUUAAUAUUGACAUUGGA